ACCAAAAAAAAAAAAUUCCAAUACAGUAAAGGCUUCAGCUUCAAGUACCUAAUCUCUCUCUCUCUCUCUCUCUCUCUCUCUCUGUCUGUCUAAUGUCCUCUCUCGCAAAUCCCUAAUUCUGUUCCACCUAAAAUGUCUUGGCUCUUCAAGCCUUUCCAAUCCGAAGAUCCAGAUUCUUCUCCUUCUCCUCCGUCAUCACCAGCAGCAGCUCCUCAACAGCAGCCCCAUGAUAGCCCCAACAAUCAUGGCGGCGGAGUUAAAGAGGACUUUUCCGUUAUCGGCGAGUCCAUCGGCCGCCAAUUGCGUGGUGUCGCCAACUUUCUUGCUCCGCCUCCGUCACCACCGUCCUCCUCUACUUUAGAUAAUCCACUUCCGUCGGAUGAUCCUUCUUCUCCAUCCUCUCAGUCUCAAGCUCUCCUUGGGAUCCGGAAUGAUCUUGCUGAAAUAGGAGGUAGCUUGAGGAGUGGUCUGUCUUUACUCUCCAGUAAUAAAGCGGUUAGUGAGAUCUCCAAAUUUACCUCCAGCUUUUUGCAAUUCCAAGGUGAUGAUAAUGAGGAAAGCGAUGAAGAUGAUUAUGUGCCGGGGAUUACAGAGGAGGUUAUUGGUUUCGUUCAGGAGAUUUCCACGAGACCUGAAUGCUGGACUGAUUUUCCGUUGUCACUAGAAAAUGAUUUCAGAAUGUCUGAUGCUCAGAGAGAACAUGCUUCAGCUGUUGAGCAUAUUGUUCCUGGUUUGACAGCACUUAGAGCUAACAUUCAUAGUUAUUUGGAGGAUGAUCAAUUCUGGAUGAUAUAUUUUAUAUUGUUACUGCCAAGAUUGAAUGAACAUGACUUUGAGAUUCUAUCAACUCCCCAGUUAGUUGAAACAAGAAAUGUACUUCUGCAGCAGCUACAAAACAAGAGAAAAGCGGCGCCGGAGAGCUUUGAGAAUUCUGCUACACAUGAUACAUCUCAAGCGGGCAUCAAAGUCAGCGAGAGACAAGAAGAGAACAUCCAAUCUAGAGAAAAAGGGGUAACUGACAUUGUAAAUGCAACUGGAAGGUUAGAAAUUGACAAUGAUGAGAAUGUGGAUCAGUGGUUGAAAGAGACCGAGAUUGAUACCUGCAAAACCCUGGAUAGACAGAAAAAGCUUGAACAUGAAGAGGAUGUGUCAUUCAGUGAUCUAGAGGAUGAUGAUAAUGAUCUAUCGAGUAGGCUAUCCAGUUCUAGGCAAGCACAGGGCAUUAUCAGGGCUCCUUCAUCCACUGAUUGGGUCCAGCUGAAUGAAAGUUCUGAAGUUGGAAGUGAUCCGCAGAAAGCAAGGCAGUCCAUCUCCCGUGAAAGAGAUUCGGAUGUUGAGUCCAAUGAUUGGCUUAAAGUUGACGACUUCGAUUGAGGAAUCCAUCCACUGUUUAUUACCGAUUUAUUGUAAAGUUUUCUCAAUCUUUCUUCUUUACAAUGUUUGGUUUCUGUCUGUAUUUAUGGAAUUCAACCUGUUGCAUAAGCAUAUGUUUAAACUGAUACUUCAGUCCUUGCGAAGCCACUCUUAGUGAAGGAUCAUGGUGGCGGAGAGCUGUGUGCAUGCGUCGGAAAACAGAUGUUGCAUGCUUGUAUGCUUGUGUAAGUGGAACUCUCUGUCCUUGUAAAUAUUGAAAAUUACCGGGAAAAAAAUGUAUGUUACUGCUUAAAUAUUCGAAUAAAAAUUUAUUAUGAACAAAGUUUAA